AUAAAUAAAAUCGAAAUAAAAGUUUAAAUUCGACAAAAUUCUGUAUCAAGUUAUCGUCUGAUUGCUACAACAAAAUACUCUGCAAUCUGUUGUUUUAGAGGACAAGAUCUUCUUUUCCGUCGUGCCCCCACCGCUAGCAGCCGCUGCUACUACCGCCAUCGAUUCGACACCAUUUUCUCUCUUACUCUUAAGCUCACGCCCUAUAUCUUUCAAGGAUCUCUUAUUUUUAGGACGUGUGAAGUGCAGAGAAGAAAGAAAAAUGUAUAAGAAGAAGCACAGUAGAGACAUGGAGACGGAAGAGGAAGAGAUGGACUUCAGGAAAAUUAUGAAAGACAUAGAAUUUUUGGGUUCCUCCCACGUGACAUGGAAGGAGAGGAAAGAACUAGAGAACAAAAGGGUUGUAUCUUUAGGUGGAAAGCCUCCGAAGAAGCAGAGACUUCCAUUAAGCGUAGCUCGAGUACCCAUGAAGAGACAAAAGGAAAGAGAACAGAAGCUGCAAGAAGAGAGGGCAAUUCUUGGACGAUUUGGAGGGAAGUUUGCUGGCCCGAGAAAACCAAUGGAGAAGCGCAGAACUGAGGAUAGGGUGCUUAAGUCAACUGAAGGUCAUUUUAAAAAUGGUAUACUUGAUGUGAAGCAUCUGUUACGUGGAACCCCAUCUAGAAACAAUGAUCUCAAUACACCUGUGCGUGGCAAAGGGAAAAAGAAAGGAAAGGGAAAGAAUCACCAUGGUAAGAAGAAAGGUGGUAAUAAGAAGCGCCAUUGAGCACAUCAAACUCAUUGGGAAUCAACGGUAGGGAACUUGGCUUCUUGGAGGAAAAUUAAGAUAGUUACUGUAACGACUGAUUAAGUUUUCAUAAAAUACUAAGUAUCUCCUUAACCUUUAAGGGGCGUUUGGUUUGAGUAAUAUUUUAUUACUAAAAUAGAAAGAUUAUCUUGAAGAUA